AUGUCACGACUUACGAGAAAGGAUAUUAAGCAGCUCGAAGAUAUUGAGCAGCUAGCAAAAUGCUUCUACGCUAAUGUCAAAUCACCACACUCAGAUUGCCCAGAACUAAGAGACAGAAUCGAAAAUCUUUCCCGACAUCUUCGAGCCUCAACAGGCAAUAUUUUCCAUAAGAAGGGCGGAUUCCAAUGUAAUGCUCAUAAGGGUCUGAGUGCCGAACAUACAUCCAAAAUCUUUGAAUCACUGCGAACAGAUCUUGCGGAGGCGGUUAAUACAGUGAAAAGUUUUGAGUUCCUCUUUGGGCCAGAUGAGAACACGACCCUGAAGCGUGUUGCGAAUACUCAAAAGAAUGUUUCACGAUGGAGAGACGAGGCUAAUCAAUGCGAGGCCUGUGUGCUUUCUCGAGUCGCAACGAACCCAUCCCUGCUGCGAGAACUGCGAACCCUAUUCCUAGCGGCUCUGCCCAUAGCACCGGAUCGUCCUAUAGGCCGUCUACCUCCUAUUUGGGGGUAUAUUGAUCAGUGGAUUGGGCUCAGUGGAGACAAGAAUGUUCUGCAUAGUAUAUCCGAUCAACGAGCUAAGAUAAUGAGGCAUGCUAUGUAUGAGUGGAAGCUGUACGAGACCAAGCGUUCGGCGAAGGGGGCUGCUAGACCUAACAAACACGAUCAUUUCCAUAAAUCUUUCUUUGGUAGGGGCCACACGAAACCUGCUCCUCAACCGUCAACACCCAGUACUCCUGUCACUCAGCGUGCCCGGAAUCCCCUGAUCUCGCCGACGCUAUCUCAAACCCUGAGUAGGAAUGCAUAUGAACUCUCUGAGACUGACUUCCUUCGGGAAUUUUCCCCAAGUAAAGGCUUCUAUCGAGCGCCACCUGGGAACAAUUACCCUUAUUCGUUUAUAGAUAUGUACUCCCAGAAUCCCGAAAGAACACCCAGCAUACCACCAAAACAGCAGCAUCAAUCUCGCCCGGCGAAUCCGGCUACGACUGUAUCACCCAGGCUUUCUAGUACAUGGCCAUCUAUGAGUGACCUUCAAAGUUCUCAAUCUCAAUACUCAUGUACGCGUGCUGUAUCACGCCGCACGCCGCCGCCACCGCCAAAGCCACAACCUAUUCCCCGAACGCCUGAGAGGAAUAAGGUGCUUCCUCCAAUUCCGAACGUGUCUCCUUUAUCUAUUCCGCAGGAUAAGUCUCCCCCUCAGAAUCGAGCUCGUCCGUCUACGUCCUCUUCACGUAGUGGUGUGUUUGGAGGGUGGAGUUCUGGCGAAGACGUGGUGGGCAAGAAGGUUAAGGUGAAGACAGCAGACAAGAAGACUCGCGUGGUGGACGUGAGAGCUACAGCUGUGAAAGGUAAACAUCGUCCUAAGUAA